AGUGCAGUGCACCAGUUCUUCUUAGCCAUCCACCAUCUUCUUUUCUUCCUGUUUUCAAAAGUUACAGUUAACCAUGGGUCGCCGUUACUACUGCUACUACUGCAACACCAGUUUCCCAUACAGUCGUGAAGGCCGCCUGAAGCACUGCAGUGGCCACGUGCAUGCCAGGCUUCGGGCUCGCCAUUAUGAACAAUACGAGACAGCACGUCAGCGCUACCACACGCAGCUCAGCAAGGAGAAGUGCAGGAAGCAUCAGUCCAGCCAGGGCUGCCCCUUUGGUGAUGAGUGCAUAUACUCGCAUAUGACACAUGAACAGCUGGAGAUGCUCCGUCUUGCAGCUCAAGACGAAGCCGUUCUUGAAGAAUAUGGACCCUUACCUUGCCAACUCACUUCAUCUCUGACGUGCCCUUCAACAUCGGAGGAGGCCGAUAGCUUGAUUCUGUCUAUCCGACGACGACGUAUUCUGCAGAAAUAUCCAUUCAUUACCGAGCCACAGAAACGACUUGGCACUUCAGAUGACCAUAUGCAGCCGCAAAGUCAAACAAAAUCUUCCAAGAUGGCUGAACUGAGUCAGUACCAGCCACUGCCUCCGUCUCUGAUGCCGUACACCUUGGAUAACUUGCUGUCUGAGCCUCUUCCUGAGUGGGGCUGGCAGUGAACACUUGCACAUUUUAGACUCGAAGCACGUGGUUUUUUAGGUGAUUGAUGACUUUUGCGUUGCAAUUAUUUUAUCAUAACCAUUCAGGAACGUGUUAGGCUGCUAGGUAUGAGAAAUUGGCAUCAAUUUUCCCUUCUAGAACUAAUGUGAGAACUCUACAACCACUAUAAAUCUUCCUGAUCGCUUUUCUACUCUACAUUUUUCUGUUGUUUUGUUGUUGACGGGCAUUCCAUUUGUCUAGUUAUAUCUGUUUUCGUGCUUACAUUGUUUGUUCGGUUUUCCUACUUUUCCUAUUGGUGGAUGACUAAUAAUACAGUUUGUGUGAUUAAA